AUGGAGCUUCAAGUGCACCCCAAGGUCACGGGGCGCGAGAUGUUGCAAGAGCUCCUCAAAGUUUAUCCUGAAGGCAUCCCAGAGGUUUCAAACGGCAUCAGCAUCCUCCCAAGGGAGGUUGCCGCACUAAUUCGCAACAAGAGUUGUCAUGCUGUGUAUUUUCACCCAAUCAAGAAGCGCUUCUUUUUUGCCUCCAAAUUGCAUAAGGAGGCCGCUGAAGCGCAACUGGCAAAUCCAAGACCGAUCUUUUGCGAAAAUGGACGGAAGACUUCAGCUCGUUCUUGCUUGUGCAUUUGUUCCAGCCCCGUAAACACAACGCACGCAUAG